CCCAUUCUCCCCUGCCCGUCUGAUGCAAAGAAAAUUGGUACCAUACCAAAACCCUAGCCUUAGCUUCCUGCGCAUUGAUAGUGUUCCCCGGUCGUCCGUCAAUGUAGGUUCUUGCCGUGCUCCAAGUGUUGAACCACUGUUGGGUCAUCGAUCGCAGCUGCUUGGUAGAACUUGGUGUCCGUCGUCUCUGUCUUUGCAGCCGAGGUUCAGGAACCACCGAUUCUUUGCCGUUCAGGUUCGCUUAUGCUAUCAGUGUUCGUCUUCGUUCCCAAUCUCCGCCGUCCUCUCCUCGCUUGGCGUUAACCAAGAAGCGUUCACCUGCCGUUCACCCUUCGAUUUUUAGUUCGCGUUCCUCCGGAAGCCACAUCGGUCUGCAGUAAACAUCUGGGACCAGACCUCGCGCUCCACUUGGCCGGCGAACUGAUCUUAUGUCGCCUGUGUGAGUCCCAGAAAAACGCCAGUAGACAAUACACUCACACAACACCAAUACUCUCCUUCAACCUCUGCAACUUCUGAUUUCUAUUACAAAAGAUGGAGGUGUCUUUAAGUGAUGGGAAUUGUGAGCUCCUGGGUACUGACAACGAGGCUGAUGUGGAAUCGAACCCGAAGGACAUGGGUGGUCAGGAUGUGGCAGACGAGGAUUUGGGUGAAUAUGAAGAUGUCGCUAGAUUAGAUGUGGAAGACAUAAAGCGGAUGCGUUGGGAUAGUGUUGACGCCGCUUAUGAGUUUUACAGGAGGCUGGGAAUGUGUCAUGGAUUCGGCGUCAGGAAGGGUGAUUCUGGCAAAGACUGUAGCGGAAAUUUGAUUAGAUAUAGGUUUUUUUGUAACAAGGAAGGGUUGAGGAAUGGGAGACACAACGACCGAGUUGAUAGACGGAGGGCACACAAACCUGAGACACGGACCAAUUGUGAGGCUAAGCUCUCCAUAUACUUUGAUAAAACUGAGCGUUGUUGGAAGGUGCGGAAAGUCAUGCAUGCUAGUGGCAUUGCCACAUCGAAGAUUGUUGGAUACAUGGCUGGAAUGGCUGGUCGGUACUCGUUGUUGGGUUUCUUGAAGAAGGAUGUGUACAACUACGCCGACAGAACCCGGCGUGCUAAUAUAUCGGAUGACGAUGCAAAUGCAGCUGUUGUUUAUCUAGAGGGAAAGGCUGGUUCAGAUCCCAUGUCAGUUGCUAGAUAUAGUGUAACAAAAGAAGAAAGGCUGGCAAAUUUAAUUUGGGCCGAUGGAGCUAGCAGAGUUGAUUAUCAACGUUUUGGAGAUGUGUUGGCCUUCGACUCGACAUAUAAGAAAAACAAGUACAAAAAACCUCUUGUGAUUUUUUCAGGGUCUAACAACCACAAGCAAACAACGAUUUUUGGGUUUGGUCUAUUAUUUGAUGAGAGUGUCAGUUCUUACAAGUGGAUGUUAGAAAAUCUGCUUGAGGUGAUGUGCAGGAAGAAACCGUCUGUGGUUGUGACUGACGGGGAUAAGGCGAUCAUAAAGGCGGUCCGAUCUGUUCUUCCUGAUUCGACACACCGACUGUGUGCCUGGCAUAUUGAGAAGAAUGUUACCUCAAACGUGAAAGAUGCAAUUUUACGUAGCUCUUUUAGAAGGUUCUAUGUUGACAUGGAAAUAGAGGAGUUCGAGAUGGAGUGA